AUGAAGUCCACAUUUGCGCUACGCGCCCUUUUCCUCCUAGCACAAUACUCUCUCGCCUCCGCCCAACAAACCCUCAAGACCCUGAACAUCGUUGCCCACCAAGACGAUGACCUACUCUUUCUGAGUCCCGACCUGCUACACAACGUGCAAGGCGGAGCCGGUCUUCGUACCGUCUUCCUAACAGCCGGUGAUGCCGGCCAGGGCUCCGAAUACUGGAACGGGCGCCAGGAGGGCUCGUUGGCCGCAUACGCACAAAUGGCCGGCGUGGCCAACGAGUGGACCGAAAGCGACUCUGGCGUGCCUGACGCCGAUAUCCCGCUAUACACAUUGAACGGGCGGAACGAUAUCUCACUCGCCUUUCUGCAGCUCCCUGACGGCGGUCUCGACGGCACGGGCUGGGACUCGACGGGCCACGUCUCUCUCCUUCAGCUCUGGAACGGCGACAUCGACUCCAUUGAAUCCAUCACCGGUUCGACGGAGUACAGCAAAGACAAGCUGCUGAAUUCGCUGGCGUGGCUGAUCGAGGGGUUCGAUCCCCUGCGCAUUAACACCCUCGACUAUGUCUACGAUGUGGAUAUCAACCGUGACCAUCCCGAUCACUCGGUCACCGGCUUCUUCGCGGACAAUGCGGCCAGACAGUCAACCUCGGAUGCGGAGGUCGUUGGAUACGUCGGGUACCCGACGAAGGAUAUGACUCCUAAUGUGAGCGGAACGGACUUGACUCAGAAGCAGGACGCUUUUUGGACUUACGCGGGCUAUGAUGCUGGCACUUGCGAAAGUCCUGAGGCCUGCGCUGGACGGCCUGAGCUGCAGUGGUUGUCGCGUAUGUACAUACUUUAA